AUGUCCAACAACUUGAAUCCUCCGGGUCAGGAGUCAUUUAAUGAACUUCUUAUUAAGACAGUUCGCCUUUUUCCUCCACUAUACAUCAAUAAUCGACGUGCCUUUGAGAGUGUUGACCGAAAUGUUCUUUGGGAAGAAGUAGCGAAGAAGAUUGGGCGACAAGUUACUCCCGAAUUCGCCAAAAAACGUUGGCUGCAGCUAAGAGACCGGUAUCGAAAGGAGCUGAAGAUUGCAAUUGCCCAAGGUUUUACUCAACCUCAUCGUUGGAGUCAUUUUCAUUUGCUGAAAUGGCUCGAUCCGUAUCUUCAGGGUUCCCUUUCAACGACUGCGCGUGAGUAUCAGGAAAACGUGUGCAGUGAUGGUGCUUAUUCAGUUGCUGAUGCCUAUUCUAUUAGCAAUAGCACACUGUUGGACUUGGCAAAAAAUUUAUUCACUAAAUUAGAAUCCUGUGACUCUGAGCUCCUUGAUGAUGUAAAACCGUCGAUGUCAACUAUGCAGAGCGUGCUUGCAGCCGCAGAGGCGUCUGCGAAAGCAGCUGUAGCCGCUGGAGAUAACCCCAAAAUUGACGACCUGUCUACAUGUACGAACGUUGUCGAGAUUCUUGAGCAGAUGAAGAAAAACGCCCUUGCAGUACUAAACCCAGACUAUUCUCGGGUUGAAGCCAGCGAGAAUCCUUUUGCGGUCGGGCUGGCUUCUUCAGGGAACUCCACAGUUUCAAGCACGACCAAGGCUUGCCUUGGGAAUGAAAUGGAAGAACUUCCUGGGAAGGUCAGGCGGAAAAGACAUCGGUUCCGCCCACCAACAUUUAAAACGUUGCGGACUUACUAUCGUCUGAGGGCACGCAGUAAUACGUUCCGAUUGAAGUGCACCAAACGAAUAAGAAGACUGAAAUCGUUUAAGACGGGGCAAAUAGAUGCCGAAACAAGCAUAACACCUUCUUGUUUGGGCUGCUCGUCUUCCCUAGUGUCAAGCUGGUUUGAUGACGAGGAAAUGUUAUUUGCAAGAAUCAUUGCUUUGAGGUUGAAAAAGAUGAGUAAUGCAAGGCGGAAUGCGGCACGGUUAAGGAUCUCUCAAGUGCUUGACGACGAGGAGUCACUGUCUAACGGGUGUAAUGAGACGGGUACCAGUGUUGCGGAGUGA